CCUUCCUGUAUAGAAGUCUGAUUAGAUCCAAAAGUGAUUAUGGAUCCAAUGUGUAACGCUCUGCAUCUGUCAACAAAAUGAAUUCCCUAAAUAGCAUACAAAAUUCACAAUUCACACAAGUAUUCAUUCACAUUGUUACUAGUGUUUUUCAGUUCAGUCCAGCCGAUUUAAGCACAGAAGUAGAAGAACCUCCUCUCAAACAUUGACGCACAUUCCUGGAUUUGAAGUUUUUUGCAAAAAUUGUGUAAUAAAUCACAUACUUUCGCAAUAUUUUGUCCAUUAAUGUUUUUAUUAAGAAGAGAAAACAUGCUGUGCUAGAAUAAUUCAGAAAAAGUAAUAGAAUAGUGCAGGAUUGGUCUGAGCACACUGCCUUGUGACCACAAGACGAUAGUCGAAGUAGUCCAAACCUAGGUGAACUUGAAAAUUCAUCUAUGAGGUUGGAGCAAAGGAUUAGGUAAGGAGGAUAUGCUUUAGUUUGUAUAGGAGCCCCUCGUGCCACAAACAACUGAACACUUCUGACCCAUCCAGGAAUCGCUUCUGGCUAUUUACUUGUCUGUACACCAUUACAGACCAAUAAUUGAAGAAAGACUUUUUGCAUCUCAAUCACAAGCCACUCUCCUUCUAGCAGAAGCAGUGAACGUCAACCACAUAUUCGUUGGGUGGAUUAUAUAAGCUAAUUUUCUACCGAUUUAUUGCAUUUGUAUGGGCAGCAUUGUCACUGGUGACCUUUCAAGUAAAGAAGAAAUAGGUUGCACAUAUAAUUUCGAACAUUUGGGGAAAACAAAUAUGUGAUGCAACAAUACAGGAAAUGAUGAAGAAUCCUGUAGAGUCAUAACCACUAUCACAUGGCAAGUGCUACUGCCUAACAGUCAUUGACAGGUUCAUCAGGUGCCUGGAAGCUUAUCCACUUGAAGAGAUCACGCGUGAAUCAGUAGUGGAAACCUCGAUGAUUACAAGGAUAUGAGGAUUCUUUCACGCAUUACCACAGACCAAGGUGGGCAAUUUGAGGUAAACCACUUCAUCUGGCUGACAAUUUUCUAUGAAUUAACAGAUUCUCUUCAGAUUACCACCCACAAUCUAACGGGUAUGUUGAAAGGUGGCAUUGGAGUUUGAAAGCGGUACUCAUGGCCCACCUAUCAACUGAGAAUUGGCUGUUUGUUGCUUACAGUACUCCUAGGCCUUUGUUCACGUGCAAGAGACUAAGUCAGUGUAGCUAAGAUGGUAUAUUUGUAGAAACCAUUAAGCCAUGUAGCAUUAAUGCAAAGUUUACAGUUAACCAUGAGCAAACAAAACUGCAAGUUUCAGAAAAGUGUUUUUGUACCAAGGGAUCUGGAAACCUGUAUUUUUCCAGGACCAUACGAUGAGAUAUGACGAUUCCACCUUUCAACAGUGUGUAUCAGGUGCUGAGAGGAAAUAAAGAACACUCCAAUUGCAAAUUUUUGGUCAAAAAGUUAAUCUCUGUGGAUAGAAUUAAACCAGCACACCUACUGGAGGAACACCUACUACAGGACAGUUCUGAAACUAUUAUAGAAACCAACUGUACAAAGCUGGAUCUUCUGAAUUCAAGUGUUAUGGUGAAACCCAAAGUUUAUUUCCUUGACAUCACUGGAGGUAUACUGUAGCAGUUGCUGCAGUACCCAUACAGUACUCUUUAGUUCAAAGGAUGAGAAUAUGUCAUGGGUUGUACUAUUCUCCAGUGGUCUAUAGGAAAAGGUCUAAACAUUGUAGGGAUCAAUCGUUGCCGGUCUUUGAAAAAAGGAUAUGAAGUAUACUGUUUAAAGAUAGGUGAGGAAGAUGACUGUAUUUUAUCAACUUAAUUUACAAAAUUUGAUCUGAAACGCAUAUAUUUAAAUAAAAGGAAAUUGUUAAUAUCAUUGGAAACUUUAAAAUUUAUUUGGCUCUUUUUACUUCUAGAAAUCACUUGAAAUCCUGGAAUAAAUUAAAUAUAAAACUAUACAACGUCUUGUAAAAGGGUUUGUAUACUUAUAGUGUAAAUAAACGGGAAAAUCAACCGUAUAAAAUCUGUUGUCAAACCUGAGUUAGUAAGGUAUUAGUGUUUAUUGAAUAACUGAUAAUCCCCGUGAUAUUGAAAAUAGGAAUAACAAACGUUGAUAGUACUUAUAAUCGUUGUCCUCCGUCCGGAGAAAAUGUUUUCCUCUAACCCAAUCAGGGGCAAAGCUGCCGAGAUUUAUCUCAUUAAAAAUACCUAGAAGAUAUGUCGGAAGAGGAGGUCGAAUGUGCGGAGGAAGCUUUGAAUUAUGACUUUGAUUUCGAAUUAUUCGAGUCCGAGGAGGAUGUUGUUAAUUUGGACGAUCCUGUUGUCCCAUUCCUGCAUCACUUCAAAUAUCCUCUUGGACUGAAGAGCGAUUUGUUGGUCGAAGGGGAAAUUCUUGAUAAUGCUGAUAGAUUUAAUAUAGAUCUUUGCCAAAGCACUGACUCUGGAAAAAAUGUAGCACUUCAUUUCUCUGUUAGACUGAAUUUGAAUUAUGUAGCCAGGAAUACAUUAUUAAAAGGAUUAUGGGGACCCGAAGAAGGGUAUUCCAUGGGCAAGAUCCCUUUUAAAAAAGGAGAGAGAUUCAUAAUAGAAAUUUUCCUCAUUAAAGAACAUUUCCUUGCAAAUUAGUGUAAACAGCACUCAUUUUUGUAGGUAUGUACAUAGAGUGCCUCCCCUGUACAUUGAUUCAUUAGAAAUUUAUGGUGAUGUCAAGCUCAGAAGGGUUGAGCUGUCCAAAAGAGACGUAUAUCCUACAAUUUUAUCAUUUCAUGAUUACAAUUUAUUGGGAACACAUUUAAGAAACUCUACAAAUACUGCAUGG